UCCGCCUCUUUAAUGGAUGGAGAUGACUGAAGGAAAAAUAAAAUGGGUCUUCUUUCUUUUCUCUUUUAGUAUGUUCACCUUUUGUCUAGGAUGGUGGCUGCACACUUGUGAAAGUUUGUGUAGCAAAGAAUGUUUUCUGGGGAGCCCCGACAAUAGCUUCACUACCGCCCAAGAUUUCCAAUUUAAUACACACGACACAAUCCCAGCAGCAACCUCGGGAGCGACUGAAGACAGUAGUGAUUCUGUUUCUCCUGCAACUGAUCCAUUUAAUUCAACUCUUCCAACUAUAUUCAUGAUUACACCUACAUAUGCAAGAGCGACACAAAAGGCAGACCUCACUCGUCUCUGUCAGACACUGAUGCACGUUAGAAACCUUCACUGGAUCAUUAUAGAGGACUCAGAUUCAGAGACCCCUCUGGUAACAAGGUUUCUAAAGCGCUGUCGAGUCAAGAGCUCUCAGUUGAAUCGUAAAACCUCGUCAAAGCUACAGCCGCCAAAAGUGAGUGCUAAAGGACACAAGAACAGAGGAGCAGAGCAGAGGAACGUAGGCCUGGACUGGCUAAGAGAGAAUUAUAAACCAGGAGACGUGACAGGUGUAGUGUACUUUGGAGAUGAUGACAAUACUUAUGACAUUCAGCUGUUUGAAGAGAUGAGGUAUACAAAUAAAGUAUCAAUAUGGCCGGUUGGUUUAGCCGGUGGUCUCAAAGCAGAAGGACCAAUCUGUGAGAAUGGCAGAGUUAAAAAAUGGCACGUUGGUUGGUCUCCUGGUCGCAAAUUCCCCGUCGAUAUGGCAGCGUUUGCUGUUAAUUUGGACAUCAUUCUUACUAACAGUAAAGCCAGGCUCAAUCCUUUUGGUCCAGGGGGUCAUUUAGAGCCAGAAUUUCUCUCAGCCAUAACUACUGUACCUGAACUUGAAGCUAAAGCCGAUGACUGCACUAAAGUUUAUGUGUGGCAUACACAAACAGGUAGACCAAGUUUACGCUAUGAAGAUAAGAUACCGACUUUAAUCGAAACUAAAAAAUGAUUUUAAGAUCUUAUUACUCACUAUUAAUUUUAUGCAAUUCUAUCGUUAUACAUUUUAAUA